UCGAGUGCCUCCUAGGCUCCUACCCGACCCCGACCGGCAUCCCCUGUCCUUCCUUCCAUCCAACGCCAAAAUCAAACCCCGCUCGGCCGCUGCUCCGGCGACCUCCCCGGAGACGAAGCUCUACGACCCAAUCGCGCGGAGCGCUCACUCACCAUGACGGAGUAUUGGGUGAGCCAAGGAAACAAAUGGUGCGACUUGUGUAAGAUUUUCAUAUCAAACAAUCCGUUCAGCAUCAGAACGCAUGAACUUGGCAAACGGCACAAGGACAAUGUCACCCAAAGAUUGUCUACUAUGCAAAAGGAUGGUGCUGCUAAGGAAAAGGAGCAGCAGCAAGCAGCUAAAGCCCUCCAGCUGAUAGAAGCUAAAGCUAAAAAGAGUUACCAGAAAGAUUUAGAGAAUAACCAGAGAAAUGUGGAUGGUGACAGUUCUGCAGCACCUGGAGAAGGAUGGGUAUUUGACUCAACUACAGGGUAUUAUCAUGAUAAAUCUACUGGACUUUACUACGACUCAAACUCCGGCUUCUAUUAUUCUGACGGUUUAGGCAAAUGGGUAACCCAGGAAGAGGCAUACAAGUCGGUGGAAACUUCCAAAACUGAUGUUGCACAAUCGUCAACUUCGCAAGCAAAACCACCUGGUGGAGGCGGAGUUAUCUCGAGUAUCAAAGGAGGGCCAGCUCCAGGUUUGGUGGUCACAAAACCACUGAACCCGAUGAGAGCUGUGAAGGGCGCUCCAUCUGGUGUUGCUGCUAACAAGAGAAAAAGAGAGGAGAAGCCCAAGGUGGUCACGAAGGAGGAGGAAGCAGCCCUCAGAGCGCGGGAAGCGGCGAGGAAACGAGUUGAAGACAGGGAGAAGCCUCUGAUGGGAUUAUAUAAAACGUAUUAGGAGAGGUGUCAAUGUUGACAAACUCUCGGGGGUGUGCCCAGUUGCACUACCUGAUGUAGUGGAAAUGCCAUUGGAUGAAUUGUGCUGAGAAAAAGAUGAGGAUCCUCCUGAGUUUCAGCCUUUCAUAGAGCUCUUCUGCACCGGCUACGCUUGCCUGCAGUGCAGUGUACCAUAUAUACCUCAUCAAAGCUGCUGAAUUUGGUCAAUUCCCCUUGUGUGGAACAUGUAAAAAAAGAGAGCAGUUACA